AUGUCAAAUUAUAGAAGAGCAUAUCAUUCUGGUUCCUGGUAUUCCAACAACAGCAAUGUAUUGAAAAACACCAUAGAGUCACUUUUUGAAAAAAUUAAUUUGCCAAAACAACAAGUUAAAGCUGCUAUUUGCCCCCAUGCAGGAUAUGCAUACUGUCUUGAGACAAGUUCCCACGUUUAUUCCUGUAUAAACGUUGAAAAUAUAAAAAAUAUUUUUAUUCUUGGCCCAAAUCACCAUAUUUACAACAAAGGGUGCUUACUUCCACAAGUUGAUAAAUAUGAAACACCUUUCGGGUUUUUGCAAAUCAACAAAAAUGUUAUAUCAGACAUUAUGAACAAUGACACACAAAAUUUAUAUGAUUACAUUGAUGAGCUUGAUGAUGAGGAAGAACAUUCAAUAGAAAUGCAAUUGCCACUAAUCAAAUAUAUAAUUAAAGAAAAGGACAUUAAAAUAGUACCAAUCUAUGUUGGAUGCAUAGGAAAUGAUGUUAACAAAAUUAACGAAUUUUCCAACCCUUUAAAGAAGUAUUUUCAAGACGAAACAAAUGCAUUUAUAUUUUCUUCUGAUUUUUGCCACUAUGGACGAAGAUUUAGCUUUACAAAUAUAUUAGAAAAAUACAACGAUAAAUAUAUUCAUAAAAAAAUUGAGAAUAUGGAUAAAGACGGAAUUAGUAUUAUCACGAAGCACCAUGUUCAAGAAUUUAUUGACUACUUAAAAAAAACUCACAACACCAUAUGUGGAUCUAAUCCUAUAAAAAUUAUGCUUCAAUUAAUUCAGUCUUUCCCCGGAAAUUUAUCAACACAACUAAUGCAUUAUUCACAGUCCAAUGCUGCUCAAAGUGCAAAUGACUCAUCAGUUUCUUAUGCUGGAAUUAUUUCCCAACUUAGUUAA